AUGGAGAACUCCUCGGCAGCGUCUGCCUCCUCUGAGGCCGGGAGCAGCCGCUCCCAGGAGAUCGAGGAGCUUGAGCGCUUCAUCGACAGCUACGUGCUCGAGUACCAGGUGCAGGGGCUGCUGACAGACAAGACAGAGGGUGACGGUGAGAGCGAGAAAACGCAGUCCCACAUCUCCCAGUGGACAGCGGACUGCAGCCGGCAGCUGGACAGCAGCUGUCCCUUCUCCCGAGGGCGAGCCCCCCCACAGCAGAACGGCAGCAAGGAUAACUCUCUGGACAUGCUGGGCACAGACAUCUGGGCUGCCAACACCUUCGACUCCUUCAGUGGUGCCACCUGGGACCUGCAGCCUGAAAAGCUGGACUUCACCCAGUUCCACCGGAGGCUCCGACACACCCCCAAGCAGCCCCUGGCACACAUCGACCGUGAAGGGUGUGGAAAAGGGAAGCUGGAAGAUGGGGAUGGGAUCAACCUGAAUGACAUCGAGAAGGUCCUCCCAGCCUGGCAGGGCUACCACCCGAUGCCCCAUGAAGUGGAGAUUGCGCACACAAAGAAGCUGUUCCGGAGGAGAAGAAAUGACCGAAGGCGGCAGCAGAGGCCUCCAGGAGGGAGCAAGCCCCAGCAGCACGGCGACCACCAGCCGGGCAGUGCCAAACACAACAGGGACCACCAGAAGUCCUACCAGGGGGGCUCGGCGCCCCACCCCUCAGGGAGGCCCACCCAUCACGGCUACAGCCAGAACCGGCGCUGGCACCACGGCAACAUGAAGCACCCGCCCGGUGACAAGGGGGAGGCGAGCACCCACCGCAGUGCUAAAGAGACCGUGACCGCGGACAGCCCCAAGCUUGAGGACGCCCUGGGGGACACCGGGCACAGUGGCCUCGAGCCCCCCCACAGCCCCGAUGGCCUAGCCCCAGCUGCUUCUGAGAGGCUGCCCCUGCAGCAGCCAGGAGCCCCGGAGGCCGAAGCAAAGCGUAAAGACAGUGUUACCCCCGAGCGUAUUGGGGAGCGGCCCAAAGUUACCCUGCUCCCGUCUUCCAAAGACAGGCUGCGGCGGAGGCUGAAGGAAAAGGGGCCGGACGAGGUGACCGUGGAGCCCCCCGCCCCCCAGCAGAACAAGAUGGACAAGCUGAUCGAGAUCCUGAACAGCAUGCGCAACAACAGCAGCGACGUGGACGCCAAGCUCAGCACCUUCAUGGAGGAGGCCCAGAACUCCACCAACUCCGAGGAGAUGCUGGGCGAGAUCGUGCGGACCAUCUACCACAAGGCCGUGUCCGACCGCAGCUUCGCCUUCACGGCCGCCAAGCUCUGCGACAAGAUGGCGCUCUUCAUGGUGGAGGGGACCAAGUUCCGCAGCCUGCUGCUCAACAUGCUCCAGAAGGACUUCACGGUGCGGGAGGCGCUGCAGCAGCAGGACGUGGAGCGCUGGCUGGGCUUCAUCACCUUCCUGUGCGAGGUGUUCGGCACCAUGCGCAGCAGCACCGGCGAGCCCUUCCGCGUGCUCGUCUGCCCCAUCUACACCUGCCUCCGCGAGCUCCUGCAGUCCCAGGACGUGAAGGAAGACGCCGUGCUGUGCUGCUCCAUGGAGCUGCAGAGCACGGGCCGGCUGCUGGAGGAGCAGCUGCCCGAGAUGAUGACCGAGCUCCUGGCCAGCGCCCGGGACAAGAUGCUGUGCCCCUCGGAGUCGAUGCUGACCCGGUCGCUGCUCCUGGAGGUCAUCGAGCUCCACGCCAACAGCUGGAACCCCCUGACGCCCCCCAUCACGCAGUACUACAACCGAACCAUCCAGAAACUGACAGCCUGA